AUGACAAACUUGGCACGGGAGCGAAAGGCGAGCUUCGUUGUCAAUACAGCUGACAAUUUCUACAUGGCUGGAGUGGACAGCACAACAAACGAGCAGUGGAGCAUGAUGUUUGAGGAUUUGUACCCAGAUGAGAGCCUGCAGAUUCCCUGGCUGAGUUCUCUUGGCAACCAUGACUAUGGGGGCCAUGAGUGUGAUUAUUGCCUUUGGAACGGCGGCAGCGACUACGAUCCCAGAAGAGGCAAACCUUGCUCGCAGGCAAUGAUUGACUAUGACACGGAACAUGGCUGGCAGUGGCCCAGCCCGAAAAAAGUUCGAUGGGUCUUGCCAAUGAAAGGCAAUGACCGAUGGUACAUGAAGAGCUUCAAGUUCCCCAAAGCCAACGUGACAGUCGACGUCUUCGUCAUCGAUACCAACAAAGCGCACGCGGUUCGGAAAGCACAGGAAGCAAUGUGUUUCAGGAUUCCAGGAUUGUGA